AUGAGCGGGCUUCUGAUUCCAUUGGUAUCUACGGGAAACGUGCCCCAAUUAUCUACAGAUCUGAUCUUGCACUCCUUGAGCCCUGAUUUCCAGUAUGUGUGUGAACUAGAGAACCUAUACCUGUUCCCCUUCGUUGGACCCCUUGAUUACGUCGAAGGCCGUGAACCAGAACUCUACAAAGCAAACAAAUACAAGAAGUAUACGACGCCAAUUGAACUCUUUUAUAAUGAAAAACUGCAGCUAUACGUGAUUCAACAGCGGGUGCCUGUGUUUCAAGGUUACGAGAACAACUUCUGCAAAGAGUUGCUGGUUCCGUUGGUAAAAAAACUGGGUGUGGAAGCUGUAUUUGUUCUGGAUUCUAUAGAUGCCCUUGAAGAGACCAUAAGCAACUACUCAAACAGACUUAAUAGGUUUUCCCUGGGGAUUUGUGAUCUUUCCAAAAUCGACAACAUUGCAACCGAGUUUCAACAAACGCUACAGCUUGAAGAGUCGGAGGCACAUUCCGUGAAUAAAACUCUCUUUGAUUUUACUGAGGACAGUUUUCAACUCGGAAUUUCUACAGACCAGUUUGUAUUUAAACUAUGUUAUCAUCUCCUACACGCUUCGCCGCCACUUCCAAAUUUGAAGCGAAUCAAAUACAUGAAUGUUUUCGUCCAAGAAGGUGACAAUUCAGAAGACGCAGUAUUUGCAUCAAAGCACCUCCGGCGUCUUGUGGACAACUUUCCAGCGGUUGACAACUUUGUAGUCCCUGUAUCUUGGAAGGGAGUUUACGGCGUGAGAGAUGUACCAUCGUGUUUUGAAGAGGGACUCUACAUUUGA